UAUGACCAGAAUAAGCGUCGCUUCGACCUGGUCACAUGGUAUAAGUGUCAUUUGGGAAGCUCAGUCACCGUGGAGCAACAGCGGUUAGUUUAUUCACCGCGAGCAAUCAGACUGUUUUGCUUCUGUUGUUGGCUAUUUGGCAGCAAAUUGACCUAAGCUGCUGGGAAAUGCUGGGCUGAUCCAUGCAAGGGCUUGUCUACAUAUAAAAAAGGGACAAAGCGGAUUGAAACGCAUGAAAAGUCAGAUAUUCACUGUGAGGCAGAGAAGUCAUAUUUAAUGGCAAAGCUCCGCAUUAUUCAGGAUAGCACCAAAAUGCUGCAGCACGAGUUCUGACAGGAACUAGACAAAGAGAUCAUAUUUAUCCAGUGUUCGCAUCUCUGCAUUGGCUUCCUAUGAAAUUCAGAAUUUAAUUUAAAAUCCUGCUGCUCACCUACAAACCUCUUAAUAAUCAAGCUCCAUCUGAACUUACAGAGCUCAUAGUUACAUAUUAACCCAAUAGAUCCUUAAAGUCAGGAUUACUUGUGGUUCCCAGAGUCUGUAGAGUAGAGUGGACAUGAAACAGAAUAAACUACAGCGGGCAAAGCACAGACCGCAAUUGGCACCGUCCUCGGUAUGGAGUCCUCCGGAGCCGUCGUGAACUUCCUGCUGGGCUGGCCUCGCAUGCAUCACUUGUUCGCACUGCUCUGUCUCGUCGCCGUUGUUUAUAAGUUCACCAUCCUGUUGGUCAAGAGAAGGGCUGCUUUUCGCAGCUGCGAGGCCUUCCCGGGACCCCCGGUGCACUGGCUGUUUGGACACCUUAUGGAGUUAAAAAAAGAUGGGACAGAAUUGGAGAAGCUCCGGAAGUGGUCAGAGCAAUACCCUUGUGCUUACCCGCUGUGGUUUGGUCCCUUUAUUUGUUUCCUCAAUAUUCACGACACAGAAUAUGUAAAAACCUUAUUGAAAUCAACAGAACCUAAAGAUGACCUGGUUUAUAGGUUUAUUACAUCUUGGAUUGGGGAAGGUUUACUGGUGUCAAAGGGUCAGAGGUGGUUUCGCCACAGACGGCUCUUGACGCCGAGUUUUCAUUAUGAUGUCCUGAAACAAUACGUGAAAUUGAUGUCAGAUUCUGCCGAAAUUAUGUUGGACAAAUGGGAAAGUUUUGCAUACACCAACCAGUCCUUUGAAUUGUUUGAACAAGUGAGCCUGAUGACACUGGACAGCAUCUUGAAAUGUGCAUUCAGCUACAACAGCAACUGUCAGACUGAGGGUGGAACAAAUGCAUACAUCAAAGCAGUGUACGAACUCAGUGAUCUUGUUAGCCUGCGGUUAACGACGUUUCCUUACCACAACGACCUUAUUUUCUACUUAAGCCCACAUGGCUUUAGAUACAGGAAAGCGUGCAGGGUUGCUCACAGUCACACAGAGGAAGUUAUAAGAAAGAGGAAAGAAGCCCUAAAGGAGGAGAAGGAGAGGGAACGCAUACAGGCCAAGAGGAACAUGGACUUCCUGGACAUCCUUCUCUCAGCAAGAGAUGAGAGUCAGCAAGGUCUGUCAGAUGAAGACUUACGAGCAGAGGUGGACACCUUCAUGUUUGAGGGCCAUGACACCACAACCAGCGGCCUUGCUUUCAUCCUCUACUGUCUUGCCUGCCACCCAGAACACCAGAAGAUGUGCAGGGACGAGAUCAUUGAUGUCCUGCAUGGCAAGGACUCCAUUGAGUGGGAGGAUCUGAAUAAAAUUCCAUACACUACAAUGUGCAUAAAAGAAUCACUUCGUCUUUACCCUCCUGUACCAGGAAUAGGCAGAAAAAUCACCAAACCCAUGACCUUUUUUGAUGGGAGGACUCUACCUGCAGGUUUUCGUGUUGGAACAAGUGUGUAUGCGAUUCACAGGAAUGCAGCCAUCUGGGAAAACCCUAAUGUCUUCAACCCACUGCGCUUCCUGCCGGAGAAUGUCUCCAAGAGGUCACCUCACGCAUACGUGCCCUUCUCAUCUGGGCCGAGAAACUGCAUUGGUCAGAAAUUUGCCAUGAAUGAGAUGAAAGUGGUGACAGCCCUGACACUGAAGAGAUAUCAGCUGAGUGAGGACCCCACUUGCAAACCCAAGAUCAUUCCCAGACUGGUGCUCCGCUCAGUCAAUGGCAUUCACAUAAAAAUCAAACCCGUAGACCCUCAAGAGUAAAAGGAAAUAAUUGUGGGUGACGGGGUGGUCUUCUACAGUGGGAUUUGCGGGGUUUGUCUCCUUUCUGUCAUGUUAUUCAACAAUUUAUUUGUGUGUUGUCGUGCGGGUCAUUUGGACAUGAAUAAAGGUUUUCCUGGUAGUUUCUGAA